CGGUGGUGCGCAGCCGCAGUAUGUCCCAUAGGGUCGAAAAGGCGCAUCCUGAAUGAUUCCGGACCCCUGCGGUUGUCGACGGAAACGUGAGGACAUAAACGUUAUCCCGGAAAGAAUUGGGAUUUCAAAAUGGCAGAUCGAGUGAAUAACUUUCCUCCCCUGCCUCAGUUUAUGAGAAUAAAGCCAUGCUUCUACCAGAACAUUGAAGAGGAAAUCCCUGCACCGCACCAGCAGUUGGUGCGCAGAGUCUACACGCUUUGGAUGAUGUAUUCAGGCACACUGUGCAUAAAUGUGAUCUCAUGUAUUGCUUGGUGGGCCGGCGGCGGAAAUGCCACCAACUUUGGCUUCUCCCUACUCUGGCUCAUCCUCUUCAGCCCUUGCAGUUACGCCUGCUGGUUCAGACCACUCUACAAAGCCUUCAGGGCCGAUAGCUCGUUCAACUUCAUGGCCUUCUUCUUCAUCUUCUUCCUUCAGUGUGUUUUGGCCCUCAUCCAGGCUAUAGGCAUCCCUGGCUGGGGAACAUGCGGCUGGAUUGCGACAGUGACGUUUUUCAGCACAAAUAUGGGCUCCGCUAUAGUGAUGCUUAUCACAACUGUGCUCUUCACUCUGGUGACUGCUUUAAUGGCUCUGGUUAUCAUUAAGGUGCACAGAUUUUACCGUGGCGGCGGCGGUAGUUUGGAGCGCGCUCAGGAAGAGUGGAGCACCGGGUUGUGGAAGAGUGCACCAGUAAGAGAAGCAGGGUUCAACGCUGUUGCUCAGACGGCCCAAGGGCCGAGCCUGCCCCAGUACCCUGCCGCAGUGCCGAGCUAUCCCGACAACAGUCACUGGUGAUAGCUGAGAGUCGCCUCUAGAUGGAGACAGAUAACUGGCCAUUUCUGUGGUGGGAACGAAAGCACUUCAAAGCACCACAAACAUUUCACAUUAACAUGACAAAAUGCAGACGUAUUUUUUUGAAUGAGAGGACAGGAUUUGCUAUAAAAAGUCUUAUGAGUUUUCUCAUCAAAGCUCAUUAAAGCCUGACCCUUGUAGUGGAGGGUUAUCUUCAAAAUAUACUAUUCCAUUUCAACUUUGUUUACAUAUAGUUUAUUAAAAUGAAUGAGAAGGAAAUAUAAUUUUAUGCUCAAAAGAAAUUUGCUGAGGAAAAUGUACAAUCUUGCAUAUAUGCAGUUGGAAACUCCAAAAAGAGAGUAAAUUGUUUCAGAAUAGCAGUAUGUGAGGGACGUGUGCCUUAUGGACCUUUUAUGAUAGCAUUGUUUUAUGUAGUGCCAGACUCUGCAUGCUAGAUAAAUCAUAGUAUGCUGUAGAAUGGGGGUUUUCUUUCUUUUGCAACAAGAGACUGUCUGCAAACUGCACGAUUUUUUUAUCUGUGUAUUGCGUGUAUUCUGGCAGGAGUUCAGUUUAUUUUUGAUACGUUGUGCUUUAUAUCUCCAUGCUUGCCUGCUUUGGCUAAGAUUUCUUGAAAUUUGCUUUAAUAUUGCUUGCAGAUUUAGCAUGUGAACAAUAUCUUGCUUGACUUUCGCCUUAACAAGUGCUGUUAAGUGAAGCAACGUGUGGAACCAUUUCAAGAAGUUGUCGGUGCGUAAUCCCCCUCUGUGAUUUCUCACUGAGCACUGAUGUGCCAAAACACUUGCCUCUUUCAUUAUUGUGAAACUGAACAAAAGCCACGCCCAAAGUAGAUGUUGUUUUGCACUCAGUAUUUCUCAGUUUCUGUAAUUCUAAAGCUACACUGUUUGCUUUUAGUGGUCAGCGCCCUGCCGUGAAAGCAGCUUAUCAGCUGUUGUCAAUGUUCCAGUCACUUUCACUACACCAGAUAGACUGAAUUUUUGUGUUUAGUGACUGCAGUGUGCUUGCAUGAAGAAUAUCACGGGUGUGGGACUGAACAGUAGUCUCUUUUUUUCAGUGAACUGACCUCAUGUAACCAAUACAGACACAAACAACUCAACUUGCUGACUGAAAAAAAGAUACUGCAAAUGGAUCAGCAGUAAAAUGAAAUCUUGCAUGUGGUCUGUUUAAAUGCAGUCUGAUAUUUCAAUUAAAUCCAAUGAAUGUGGAUUUUUAUGCCGGUAAUCUAACAAUUCAACCACUUUGUUUUCGCUCAAUGAUCCAGUCAAAGCCUAUAUAAAGUGUAGGCACUGACUGGAAGUGAAAGAUGCCUGCCUCAUAGUUUGACUAUUUAUUCUUCAAGUGUCCUUCAUGGCCAACUGCCAAAAUUUGAGUUUUGAUUUUUCUCUGUUAUUUGAUAAGUGACAAAACAGAUCUGUUAAAGUUACCUUUUAAAUAUUGCAACAUUUCAAUAAAUAUUCUUAUUCCCA